AUGCCUCGAUCAGAGAUCCCAAUUGAAGCCCUUCCGGCGUGGUCCCUUCUAAACAAUGUUUGCUUUGUCGACACCGAGAUCGCAAAGACGGGGGAGGGAAGGGGGUUCGGCCUGCUCAUUGGCCGGAGCUUGACUACGACAGAUGGGAACUCUGAUAUCCCCGCCUUGGUCACAAUCCCGAGCAGUAUUAUCCUCAACAAGGAGGCGGUGGAGGUAUAUGCCAAGGAGGAUCGAAACUUCAGGCAGUUGCUUGAUGUUGCUGGGCACGAGUCGACUAGAGGAGACAUCUUGUUGUUCCUCCUUGUGCAGUUGGCUCACGCUUCUGCUGGGAGUCAUUCAUCAGCCGGAGUGUCGAACCCAUGGACCGAGUACAUCAAGUUCUUGCCAGGCGAGGUUCCUGUGCCCACGUUAUGGACCGAGGACGAGAGACUGCUUCUGGCGGGAACAUCGCUGGAAUCAGCCCUGAAGGCCAAGCUCUCUACGCUGGCAUCUGAGUUUGAGUUUAUACAGGAUAAAUCAUCCGACAUACCCUUCUGGAACAGCGUGCUCUGGGAAACAGGUGCGAUACGGUUCAGAGACUGGACCCUUCUCGACGCUUGGUACCGAUCCCGUUGUUUAGAACUGCCCAGUUCGGGAGAAGCGAUGGUCCCGUGCAUCGACAUGGUCAACCACUCGAGCAACCCAACAGCUUACUAUGAGGAACGCUCAGGAGAUGAUGUGAGGUUAUUACUCAGACCGGGCAUCAGUGUUUCCAAGGGCGACGAGAUAACGAUCAGUUAUGGGGACGACAAGUCCGCUGCAGAAAUGCUUUUCAGCUAUGGGUUCCUGGAUGAUGCCUCGAGAAAGGGAAGCCUUACCCUCCCGUUGGAGACUUUCCCGGACGAUCCAUUAGCAAAGGCAAAGCUUUUUGUUUUCGGAGGACAGCCUAAAGUCCACGUGGCACUGAACAGCGAGGGUGACAUUGAAUGGAAAGGUCCGUUCGCGUAUCUGAUGUGUGUCAACGAGGAAGAUGGGUUGGAAUUUAGGGUCUUGCAGGACACCGAAGGAACCCGGCAGCUGCGACUCUUCUGGAUGGACGAGGAUGUUACCGACCGUGCAAACGAUUUCGAAGCACUGAUUCGGAGCCACGAACUCUGGGGCGUCUUCAAACUCCGAGUGGUUACAGUGGUGCAAGGCUGCUUGUACACCCACCUGCAGCGGAUGCAGUCGGUCGUGUCUCUCGACACAACAGAUACCGGGGUAUCGAACAUACGCGAAACAUGCAUGAGAGCAGCGACAUCGCUCCGCGAAAUCGAAACGAGCUUAUUAGAAAAGGGGGUGGAACAUCUGGAGAAUGAGAAAAGCACGCUAGCUACGGACGAACACGUGUUGUCCUACCUCGGAUCGAUGGAAGCUACCGAAUCUGACCUAGUUGACCGAGAGGCGCCCAAUGACGAUGAGGAUGACUUCAGCUGA